AUGAAAUACAACACCGAUCCACCAGCCAUCCCUGAUAUCAUUAGUCGCCUUGUGCUGGGUGUAGUCAUGCGCGAGGCCUCAAACCCAAACCAUGUCAACUAUCGUUACUGGCAACUCGUCCAAGAGAUGGCCAAGAUUGUGCAGUCCAUCGGUCCUCCCAGGGGAUCUUCAUCGCCUAUCGGGCGCCUGCCCACCGAAAUCCUCGCUCAAAUUUUCCUCUACUGCAUCCCAGAAGACGCAAACUGGACGCCCGCGCCAUAUCUAGCCCCCAUGCAGUUGACUGCAAUUGCUGUGAACAUGCCGAGUUUAUGGCGCAGGCUGCGAUUGGAAAUGGGGCAUGGCGACUGGCAGCAGAGAGCUUUCUGCUAUGACUCCUACCUCAAGCGAUCACGGGGACGUCAACUGUCAUUGACACUCGAGUGUAAUAACAAUAAAUGGACAGAGCUACGAAGCCUGCUCCAGCCAUACCUCGAUCAAAUAUCCUCACUGCAUGUUGGAUUAUCCUCUGGUACCAGCUUCUUUCCACCGGUGGCGGCGGACUUCGGCGGACUUGAGGAGCUGGUUAUAUACACGGAUGGUUCAAAUCCAGUACCAGCUGUCACGCACUCUAUCAUGCACUCUAUCACGGAUUUGCCGCCCAACAUGCGCAAUCUCAGGUUAUUGGGCAUGUGGUCUAACUUUCAGGUGUUAUCUAGCCUCAAUUCUCCCUCAUGGGCCGGUCUCACAAAUCUUGAAAUCAUGGUAGCGGGACUAGUUUCCUUACCCUGCUUGCUCCGUCGUUGUCCCAAUCUUUUGUCGUUGACGAUGAUUGGAUCAUUCAUGCCGGCGACCGAGACCUUGGGAAAAUUGGCGCACACCAAACUUCAAUCCUUGCGCAUUUCCGGCGAUCUACGUACGAACAAGGUCUUGUUCGGACUUCUUGGGCUAUUCGAUUAUCUCAUGCUCCCGAAUCUACGCAUCGUCGAAGUUCGCAAUAUAGCACGGUGGGCUCAUGGAGAAUUCAAGGCGUUGAUAACACGGUCACAGUGUCCCCUAGAAAGCUUGAUUUUCGGCGGUGGAGUGAGGACGACGCCUCAACAACUAGCAGAAUAUGUCACUCUUUUCCCAUCCCUCAAAUUAGUGAUAGAUCCUACGCGUUCCUCGCUUUUUCAAUAG